CUCGUUAUAAUGAUCACCACUCAGAACUUCGGUCUUUUCCCUUCCUGAUCUUCCCUUGCAAUGAAGGCACUACAUGCCUGCCUGCUCAUUGUGGCUGCAGUCUGUGUCACUUCUGAAAAUCAGACAGAAGAUGCCAAACCCAAAAGAACUGCUAAAAGCCCCAUAAAUGAGGAAAAGGGCGUUCUCAUUCUGAAGAAAGGCAACUUUGACCAGGCACUCAAACAGUAUAAGCAAUUGCUCGUCAGUUUCCAAGCUCCACUCACUCCAGAUUUUCAUCGCCUCAUGAUGGAGUUCACCAAGGCUGCAGCUCAACUCAAGACAGAGGCAUCAAAAAUACGCUUAGGAAGUGUUGAUGUCUCGCAGGAGAAAGAGCUUGCCAAAGAGCUUAACGUGACAGCCUCUCCAUUCCUGAGAUUUUAUGUCUCAGGUGACAAACAAAAUCCAAUUAUCUGCCCAGUUUUAAGAAGUGCUGAUCAUAUUAUUACAUGGCUAAAGAGGAGGACAGGCCACAGUGCUGAGGUGAUCAAAAACACCACGCAAGCAGAGACUUUCCUUCUGGGCGAUGACCUGGUGGUAAUCGGGUUUUUCAAGGAACUUGAUAAAGGGACAGUGGAGGUGUUUUAUGACGCUGCUACUGAUAUCCCAGAUCUGCCUUUUGGAGUGACCAAAAGUAAAAACAUAUUUGCUAAGUAUGAAAUUGUUAAGGAAACAAUUGUACUGUUUAAAAAGUCUAAAAAAUCAGAAGAGUAUGAAAUUUCCAGCCACACAUCCAAGGAGGAUCUUGUGCAAUUCAUUAGAAUGCAUGAAAUGGAUCUAGUGACUGAAUUUAAUGGGACGACAUCCGCAAGAAUACUGAACUCCGUGAUCAACAACCAUGCCAUACUUUUUGCAAACAAAAGUGAAGAACACUAUGAAGAAAUCUAUAUGGCUUUUGAAAGAACUGCAGCUGAAUUCAAGGGCAAGGUCUUAUUCGUGUUGAUGAAUACAAACGAGCACAGGAACGGACGCAUGCUGGAGUAUUUCCGAGUCCGUGCCGUAGAAACCCCCAUGGUCAGAAUAGUGAACAUGACGGACAGCGUACAGUACCAAAUGCAAUCAGGGGACAUAACUACAGAAAAUGUACGAGCCCACUGCCUGCACUACUUGGCUGGGAAAGCAAAGGCCAAGUUACAAAGUGAACCAAUUCCUAAAAACUGGGACAAGAAGCCUGUUAAGGAACUUGUGGGCAUGAACUUUGAGAAGGUUGCCUUCAACGAGAAGAAGAAUGUGUUCAUAAUGUUUUAUACUCCUUGGUGUAAAGAAUGCCAAGCUUUUUUUCCUCUGUGGGAAAAGCUUGGGAAGGUGUAUGAGAAUCAUGAGAGUCUGGUCGUCGCCAGAAUAGAUACCACAGCCAAUGACAUCAACAUCAUCUUCCUGGAGCGUAACCCUUCCUUCAAAUUUUUCCCUGCUGUCCAUUCAGAGAAGGUGAUUCCCUAUUCCGGAGAGAGGACCUUGGAAGAAUUUAUUACAUUUGUGGAGGGACAAGUAGAAUUAGCCAAAGAUGUAAAGGCAAGGGAAGAAACAGAUUGGGACAAAUUUAUUGAAGAACAAAAACUAAAAGAAACUGUAAAAGUGGAACUUUAGCUUGAAUAUGCUAAAAGAGUGCAAUCUUUUAAAACUGACCUGAAGACUUCAAAACCCAUACUGAAGUGUCAGAAAGUGUCAGAAUGAAAGGUUGACCUGCUAAAAAUGCAGCUUGGCGGCUCCACCACAGAUUCUAUGCAUUUUUUUCGACAGAGAGAUAAGUUUAGUGAUGUGUGAUAGAAUUCAGCUCCCUUGAUACCAUCAUCUCCUCCCUAGUCUUCGCUUCCUGUUUCCUGCUUUGUGUCAUAAUAACCACAAGUGCAAAACAUGUUAGUAAUACCCAUAUGAUAAUAACUGUAGACUGCGGUAACAAUGAAACGUUCAAAUGCGCUAAUUUAAAAAUAAUUAAUUUGGUUUAAAUUAGUUUCAUACAGUAUUUUCUUUCACUGUCUUUGCCCCUUAAGGAUGAUUGACUUAAAUGUCUUUGAAAUUAAUUGACUCAAAGGCACAUAUAACUUUCUAUUAUUAUGUUUGCCAAUUUCAAUGUUAAUUAUUUUAACCAAGUGCUAAUUGACUUUGCUUUGCAAUUGACUAAGCUGGGUAAGAAUAAAAUGAUCUUGUAUGAAUGAGUGCAACUGAACUUUAUUUAAAAUAUGUUCAUGUAAAAUGUGUGAAGUGAGGCAUCUGAGGUGUACCUCACAUUUACUGUUAAGUGGGCAGGUUUGGAUCAAUGUAAUGCUGACUGACAUGAGGGUCAAAUCUCAAGACAUAUAGCUGAGACUCAGUGUUACAGUUUGAAUUCUAAAUGGAAAUUUUGUAUUUGUAGAAGCUGAAUUUAAUGUGCAUUAGUGUAACAUAAAGGAAAUCGUAAUGGUUGAUGACACGAAUCUUUCAAAUAAAUCAUUUUUAUUAGCAAAUCUAUCACCAGAUGAUGACACUGUACAUAGAAAAUGGAUGGAGACACACUGAGAUGUUAGCUGAGGUAUAAACACUCCGUGCUGAAAAAGGAUGCAAAUCAUCAUCGUAUAGAAUUACAUUUUCAUGAUUGCUAAUUGAAAUUUGUAUUAAGGCUUAUCCAAAAC